AUGAAAGCCAUAGGUGGCCGACGUAACAUUCCCACGGACGAGGAUGUCAUGGCCUUGCGAACCCUACCGGUACAGGACUGCGCGGAGAACAAGUUGGUCACCUGCUGCCUCUUCAAAAACAGUUUGAUUACCCUUACGGAACCAGGAGGAGAGACCAUAGUGGGGGGGUUGACCAGGAAGGCAAGUGACAAAGUGUUACUGCUUGGCUUAGGAGAUACGGUUGAGCUUCAUGUUCUUUACAGUAGAGGCACCUUGGCCAUGUUCAAUUGGAAACUGUGUACCGUGGAAGACGAGUUCCUGCUUGGGAAGUUGGUGGGGGUACCUGAGACCAUAUGGUACAAUGAACUUGGGACAGUCGUAAUCAUAGACAACUUAGCCGUACGACUAAUUGAAUUGGGUACAUUAGAUCAUCAUCAUAGUACUCAUAGCACUUUUAAGAGUGGGUAUAGUGAACUCGCCGUGUUCCGACGGAACAUGUCGUUAUUAUCACGAAACAAUUGGUGUUACCAGAACCAAAAGGGAGACUACUUGAUCUUCUAUGAAGGGUACAACGAAGCGCAAGAGAAGGCCUGUUUCAUGAUGAUCAACGUUCGAUACCAAUUGAUGAAACGACUUGAGGUUGAUCAUUGUGGUCAAGUAGCACAGUUUCUGUAUGCCAUGGACCCACCAAGACUCUCCAUAGUGGAACAGGGACAAGAGAAUGGGCUUAGAUAUAAAGAGGGUAUACCUAAUUAG